AUGCCAGGAUUCGCUCCGCUAACAAGUCGUGGCAGCCAACAGUAUCGUUCAUUAACUGUGCCUGAACUGACACAGCAAAUGUUUGAUGCAAAGAAUAUGAUGGCUGCCUGUGAUCCUCGUCAUGGUCGUUACUUGACAGUGGCGGCGAUCUUCCGUGGUCGUAUGUCUAUGAAGGAGGUGGAUGAACAGAUGUUGAAUGUGCAGAAUAAGAAUUCGAGUUAUUUUGUCGAGUGGAUCCCGAAUAAUAUGAAGACGGCAGUAUGUGACAUUCCUCCUCGUGGUUUGAAGAUGUCGGUGACUUUUAUUGGUAAUAGUACGGCUAUUCAAGAGUUGUUUAAGCGUGUUUCUGAACAGUUUACUGCAAUGUUCCGUCGUAAAGCGUUUUUACAUUGGUACACAGGUGAAGGGAUGGAUGAGAUGGAAUUUACUGAGGCUGAAUCAAAUAUGAAUGAUUUGGUAAGUGAAUAUCAACAAUAUCAAGAUGCAACGGUCGAUGACGAGAACGAUUCUGAUAUCGAAGGAAUAGAGGAAGCUUAG